AUGGCCACGCAUUCCACACUGAUCAAACCCCCUAAAUCUCUCCCUCACCACUCCCCUAUCGAGAAUGUCCUAUCCCUGCUCCCUCUUGUCGACAUAGGACCAGACAUCUACACCAAUGCUCGGCCCCUAUGGCAUCCUCCCGGAGCCAGAGGCAUCUAUGGCGGCGCUGCCAUCGCCCAAUGUCUGGCCGCCGCACAAGCCACGAUCCCCAAGGACUUCACGGUGCACAGCAUGCACUGCUAUUUCGUCCUGGCUGGAAACUCCGAGAUUCCAAUAUUAUACCACGUCGAGAGGGUCCGCGACGGAAAGAGUUUCAUUACCCGAACGGUGCAAGCCCGCCAGAGAGGAAAAUGUAUCUUCACCACGACCUUGUCGUUCAUGAAAGAAAACUCCGGUGGAAAGCAGACGGUGCAGCACGCUGCGAGGAUGCCUACUGACAUCCCUCCCCCACCGGCCCUCGACCCCAAUCAGGAUUUCUUCCCCUCCAAAGCCGGCUCGACGAUAGAUGAUCGACCCUUCGAAAGCGUCCGUGUCCCACCAACAAGGCACAAGGAGCCUUCCGAGCGGAAACUCCGCCAAUGGCUUCGUGCCCGAGGCCGCAUCAGCGAUUGUCCGCCAGAGGUGCGGGAACAGGAGAUCAGUGAGGGCGAGCGCGCCAACAAGCCCGGCGACAACCACCAAGCCCACCUAUCUGCCCUCGCAUACAUGUCCGACAGCUACUUCAUCGGCACGGUUGCCCGCGUCCACAAUCUGAUUCGAUUCGCCAGCCGCAAGAAUAUCGAGGCCCUGCUGCGCAACUUCGACGGCGACGAGCAAGAGCGGCGGCAGAUGCAAGAAUAUCUCGAGACGAUUGCGCGGGACGAGGAAGAGGAGAACAAGGAAUUUGGACACGCUGCUGGCCAGGCGCCUGAUUCCCGCGCCAUCGGCAUGAUGGUCAGUCUUGACCACGCCAUCUUCUUCCACAAUCCCCGUGCGUUCCGCGCCGAUGAGUGGAUGUUGACUGAGAUGGAGAGUCCGUGGGCUGGCGACGGGAGAGGUCUGGUUCAUCAGCGCAUCUGGAGUAAAGAUGGGACCCUCAUCGCCACCUGUGUUCAGGAGGGGUGCGUACGGUUACAGCAGAAGAAGGAGAGUAAGAUAUGA